CUCACGGCCGGCAAGGAGGGGGCGGGCUCCGCAAUCCGGCCGAGGUACUUUUCCCGGACUCCGCCAUUCCUGCCCUCAGGCUAGGGUCUCCUGUGGGCACUCUGAGCCUGGCUCGCGAGUGCCAGGAAAUGGAACUGAUGACAUUCAGGGAUGUGGCCGUUGAUUUCUCUGAAGAGAAGUGGAAAUGCCUGGAUCCUGCUCAGCAAAAUUUAUAUAGAGAUGUGAUGUUAGAGAACUACAGAAACCUGGUCUUCCUGGCCAUGACUUCUCAUCAUACCCAUGAAUCUCCACCAAAGCAGGAAAUAAAAUAUUUGUUUCAAAAAAUGAUGAAUGGAAGAUACCACGACAGUGAUAAACCCUACAAGUUUAAAGAAUGUACCAAAAUUCUUAAUCAAAGAUCACCUUCUGUUAAACAUGUGAGGAUUUAUGCUGGAAAGAAGCCUUGUGAAUCUAAAGAAAGUGGCAGAGCCAUUAACAGUUGCUCAACUUCUUCUAAACAUCUCAAGCAGCAUAGCAGUGACAAAAUAAAAAGCUCACUUGAUACUCAACACCUGAUAAUAUCUUCUGCAGGCAGAUCCUACAAAUAUGAAGAAUGUGCCAAGGUCUUAAAAAAUUUUUCAAUCCUUACUCAACACCAGAGUACUCAUACUGGAGAGAAGCCCUACAAAUGUGAAGAAUGUGACAAAGGUUUUAAUCAAAGACCAUUGUUUACUGACCACCAGAUAAUUCAUACUGGAGAAAAGCCCUAUAAAUGUAAAGAAUGUGGCAAAAGUUUUAAUCAAAGAUCAUAUCUUAAAGAUCACCAGAAAAUUCAUACUGGAGAGAAGCCCCACAAAUGUACAGAAUGUGACAAAGCUUUUGUUCACAAAUCACUGCUUACUCGACACCAGAGAAUGCAUACUGGAGAGAAGCCCUACAGUUGUGAAGAAUGUGGCAAAGGUUUUGUUCAAAAAUCACUGCUUACUCAACACCAUGGAAUUCAUACUGGAGAGAAGCCCUACAAGUGUGGAGAAUGUGGCAAAGGUUUUUAUUACAAAUCAAACCUUACUCAACACCAAGGAAUUCAUACUGGAAAGAAGCCCUACAAAUGUGGAGAAUGUGGCAAAGGUUUUAAACAAAGAUCAUCCUUGAAAGAUCACCAGGGUAUUCAUACUGGAGAGAAGCACUACAAAUGUGAAGAAUGUGGCAAAAGUUUUUAUUACAGGUCAAACCUUACACAACAUCAAAGAAUUCAUACUAAAAAGAAGCCCUACAAAUGUGAACAAUGUGGCAAAGUUUUUGAGCAAAGAUUAUAUUUUAAAGAGCACCAGAGAAUUCAUACUGGAGAGAAGCCUUACAAAUGUCAAGAAUGUGGAAAAGCUUUUAAACGAACAGAUAAUCUUUCUCUCCACCAGAGAAUUCAUACUGGAGAGAAGCCCUACAAGUGUGAAGAAUGUGGCAGAGCUUUUGUUCAUAAAUCACUGCUUACUCAACACCAGAGACUUCAUACUGGAGAAAAGCCCUAUAAUUGUAAAGAAUGUGGCAAAGCUUUUGUCAAAAAGAACAUCUUAUGCCACCAGAGAAUUCAUACUGGAGAGAAGCCCUACAAAUGUGAACAAUGUGGCAAAGAUUUUAAUACAAAAUCAUUGCUUACUGAACACCAGAGAAUUCAUACUGGAGAGCGGCCCUACAAAUGUGAACAAUGUGGCAAAGCUUUUGUUAAAAAAUCGCCACUUACUCGACACCUGAGGACCCAUACUGGAGAGAAGCCCUAUAGAUGUGAAGAAUGUGGCAAAGAUUUUAAGCAAAUAUCAGCUCUUAAAGGACACCAGAGAAUCCAUACAGGACAGAAGCCCUAUGCAUGUGAAGAAUGUGGCAAAGCUUUUUAUGACAGAUCAAAUCUUGGUCAACACCAGAGAAUUCACACUGGAGAGAAGCCCUACACGUGUGCGCAGUGUGGCAGAGCUUUUGCUCACAAGUCACUGCUUACUCGACACCAGAGAAUUCACACAGGAGAGAGGCCUUAUAGUUGUCAAGAAUGUGGUAAAGCUUUUAGUCAAAAAGAAAAGCUUAUUUACCAUCGAAGACUUCAUACUGGAGAGAAGCCCUACACAUGUGAAAAAUGUGGACAGGCUUUUAUUCAAAAAUCACAGCUUACUCAACACCAGAGAAUUCAUAGUGAAAAGAAUUCCUACACUUGUGAAGAAUGCGGCAAAGGGUUUUAUCACAGAUCAAGCCUUACUCAACACCAAAGAAUUCAUACUGGAAAGAAGCCCUACAAAUGAAACAUUCUCCCAAUGCUUCAAAGGAUGGUUCAACCUUUAUUCUACACAGGAGGAAUCAACAGAGAGAAAUAGAAAUAUUAAAAAAGUGGCAAAGUUUCCAACAGUUGUUCAUUCACACCAUAUUCAGCCCCUGAGAAUUCAUACUUUUGAAAGAGAAUACAAGUGAAAAAAUAUCACAAGGCUUUUAGCCAUUGUUCAAAUAUACUAAAAACUGGAGGAUUCAUAAUGCAUUGAAACCCUAAAAAAUGAGGGAGCUUUCCAGAUGGCAGAAUAGAAGAAGUUCCUUUCCUGGCUGCUCCAUGGCAUGAAACCAAGAAAGGCAUCUUCUCUGCAAGGUGGAUGGAUAUAAAGAGGGUAAAUAACUGGGAAUUCAUACUGUGGUCAAACAAUGGGAACUAUGGGAGUUGGAUGCAAUAAAAUAAGGAAGAAAUCCCCAGUGCCAGCCAAGCAAAGUGGAAAGGUGGUGACAUUAAAAGAACCCAUAUUUUUUGUAGACCUGUGACAUGUCUGGGUACAGAGAGAUCAGAGGCCAGUCACUGGGGACUAACGUGACAGGCAUGCUGAACCACAUCCUAGUGCCAACAAGGAGCCAUCUUUCAGCUGUGCUAUGGGGGAGGGCAGUUGGGGGAACUGAUCUCAGGCAGACCCAACUUGGGCCUAGGAUUCAGGCUGGCAAACCUAGAACACAUGACAAAGAGUGCCUAAGUGACCAGGAGAAAAUCAGAUGUGGAGAGGGGUUUACACAGAGUAAUAUAGGUCAUGGAACACCCACCCUGCGCCCCUCACGCCCCAGCCCAGCUCCCUCCACAUUUGAUUCCAGCAGCUCACAGGACUGCUGGGAGAGACUCACCUGGCUGGGAAUUUGAAAGGGCAGGAGUGGGCAUACUUUGCUUUGGAGACUGAAUCUUAGAGACCAGAAAGCACGGGAUCAGUGGGUGAUGGAGGGGACAAAGGAUUGGCUCCUUAGCCACAUGAGAGGAACUGAGGGGAGGUACCUGGGCUGCAAUCAACCAUUAUGAACUAGCAACUGCUGGGCCUGGAGGUGUGCUGAUUUAAAAUCUUCAGAUCAAUCGCCAUCUGAAAAUGAACAUGGAGUCCACCUCAGCCUGCUCCCCACCUCCAGAAUCUCCACCUUUGGGAUCUCUCUCACAUCCAGCCCAGCCCAUCCAAUACUGCUGAGAAGGGAAGCCAAGAAUUCUUUGAACUCCAAAGGAAAUAAUUCUUUAACUUUUCACUGAAAUCUUAUUUCUGUUUAUUGUGACCUGAGUGGUUCAUGGACACUUAUACAUAUGCAUCAUUGUCACUUUUUCUCAUUUCUGAGAUUUUUGAAGGCAGUUAUUUUUUAUGGCUCAGCAUCUUGAGGGCUAGGAUUAGAAUAUUUCAGAUUUGUUUUCUCUUGUUUUAGGUUUUUUAUUUUUAUUUUACAUGUGUUCUCUUACUUUUCUGUUUCCUUUGAGUCUUUUUUUUUUUUUACUUCUAUGUUCUCUCCUCCCUCACACUCAUCCCAUGCUACAUCUCUUCCAUUCUCUCCCUGUUCAUCAUUCAAACUUGUGAAUAUCUUGGUUCUGUAAUUUUCCUGACAUUCUGUUUAUAUCAGCAGACAUGUAGACUUCUUUGAUGAUAAGAAAAUUUCUGUUUGAUAAGAGACCUUUCCUUUCCCCUGAGAAUAUUUAUGAGAAUUUUUUUCUUAAAAGGGAGCUUUGGGUAAACUAAGGAAUGUACUUUUAUAAUGGACUAAAAGUCUUUAACAGAGUGGAUAUAGAUGCAAUUGUGAGCAAUAAUCAAUCUUUCCAGGGUCUUUGCAGUUGUUAUUCAGUUGAGAUGAGAUCAAACUGAAUUACAAUUGACCUUCAACCCAAAGAUUGGUGUCCUUGUAAGAAAAGAUGAUACAUAGAAAGUCUCAGAGAGAAGCCAGAGAAAGCCAACACAGUACCACUCCAAGGAACCCCACUAACUACUGUCAUCACCAGAAGCUAGGAGGGAGGCAUGGACAGGUUCUCCCUUGGGACAGACAGAAAGAACCAAUGCUGCCUGGUGUGUGGUUCUGUGCUCUGGCCACUGAGCUUCGAGGAAAAUAAACAUGUGGUUUUGAGCCACUUGGUUCUGGUCACCUGUAUGUGGGUUCUAGGAAACCAGUACAACACUGUUUCAAUCAGUGAUGGAAGUUUGUAACACAGGAGGUACUUUUAUGAGUCAACUUGACUAGGUUAAGGAAUGCCCAGAUAGUUGGCAAAGCAUAGUUUGUGUGUGUCUGUGAGGAUGUUUCUGGAAGAGAUUAGCAUUUGAAUCAGUAGAAUAAAUAAAAAUGUUCUCCCUCGUCAAUGUGGCCUGGGAUCAUACAGUCCAUGGAGGGUCAGCCCAGAGAGCAUACAAGGAGAUGGAAGGGCAGAUUUCAUUUCUAUUCUUGGGCUGGGGCUGCAGUUUUCUCUUGUCUUCAGACUUCAAAUAUCCUGGUUCUGUGGCCUUGAGCUCUGGGACUUGUGCCCUGUGGCUACCCACACUGCCCCUGGUUUGGGAUUUAGGACCCAGAUUGAAUUAUACCAAAGCUUUCCUCUUGCUGCAUAUUACACAUGAGAAGGACUCCCAGCUUCCAAAAUUGAGGGAAUUAUUUGCCAUACCAUAUCUACUCUUAUUUAUACUCCUCAUCCGUCUCUCAUACUGUUUCUAUUUAUCUGGAGAAUUCUAAUAUACCUAACACCCUGAUUUUUCAUCCUGUAUAUCCCAUGUUUCUUUUAUUUCUUUCUCCAGAUCUUUAAAUUUUUUUCAUUAAAAUAUCAUUUUUUGGCAUUUUAUUUUCUCUCUGUUUUUCACCUAAAAUUUCUUAUUGUGUAUGUAUAAGUGAUUGCCUGAAAGAUAAUAAAUUGACCCCUUAUCAGAGUCUACCUACAAUAAAUAUUUGUAUAUAAUAUAUGAACUUA